CCUCCUGGCCAGCGCCCCCCGCAGCAUGGUCUGGAACACCAAUCUCCGCUGGCGGCUGCCGGUCACCUGCCUGCUCCUGCAGGUGGCCCUGGUGGUCCUGUUCGGCGUGUUUGUGCGCUAUGACAUGGAUGCCGAUCCCCACUGGAUGAACAAGAAGGCGGCUGAGAACUCCACCAGCGACCUGGAGAAUGAAUUCUACUACCGCUACCCGAGCUUCCAAGAUGUGCACGUGAUGAUCUUCGUGGGCUUCGGCUUCCUCAUGACUUUCCUGCAGCGCUACGGUUACAGCUCCGUGGGCUUCAACUUCCUGCUGGCAGCCUUCGGCAUCCAGUGGGCGCUGCUCAUGCAGGGCUGGUUCCACUCCUACUACCGGGGCAACAUUCGCGUGGGCGUGGAAAACCUCAUCAAUGCGGACUUCUGCGUGGGCUCUGUCUGUGUGGCCUUCGGGGCAGUUCUGGGCAAAGUCAGCCCUGUUCAGCUACUCAUCAUGACUCUCUUCCAAGUGACCCUCUUUUCGGUGAAUGAGUUUAUCCUCCUCAAUCUGCUAGAGGUGAAGGAUGCAGGGGGCUCUAUGACUAUCCACACAUUUGGCGCCUACUUUGGGCUCACAGUGACCUGGAUCCUCUACCGACCCGGCCUACAUCAGAGCAAGGAGAGGCAGAGCUCUGUGUACCACUCGGACCUCUUUGCCAUGAUUGGCACCCUCUUCCUGUGGAUGUACUGGCCCAGCUUCAACUCAGCUGUGUCCAAUCACGGAGACGCCCAGCACCGAGCUGCCAUCAACACCUACUGCUCCUUGGCAGCAUGCGUGCUCACCUCAGUGGCACUAUCUAGUGCCUUGCACAAGAAAGGCAAGCUGGACAUGGUGCAUAUCCAGAAUGCCACACUUGCAGGAGGGGUGGCCGUGGGGACGGCGGCUGAAAUGAUGCUCAUGCCUUAUGGCUCCCUCAUCGUUGGCUUCAUCUGCGGCAUUGUCUCCACCCUGGGUUUUGUGUACCUGACGCCAUUCCUGGAGUCCCGGCUGCGGGUCCAGGACACAUGUGGCAUUCACAACCUGCAUGGCAUCCCUGGCAUCAUUGGCGCUAUCGUAGGUGCCGUGACAGCAUCCUGUGCCAACACUGAUGUGUAUGGAGUAAAUGGGCUUACCCAAGCCUUUGGCUUUGAUGGAUUCAAGACUAACCGGACCCCAAGCAUCCAGGGCAAGUUUCAGGCUGCUGGACUCUUUGUGUCCCUGGCCAUGGCCCUGGUGGGCGGCAUCAUCGUGGGGAUUAUUUUGAAAUUACCGUUCUGGGGACAACCUGCUGAUGAGAACUGCUUUGAGGAUGCGAUCUACUGGGAGAUGCCUGAGGAGCCGAAAAGCACGGUCUUACAUCCUGAGGACUCUACCCUCAAGCCCUCAGAACCUUAAACUCCCGGGACAGGUGAGAAGCAGGCUCCACAGACUGUCCUGGUGCUCCCAAAGGAGCAGUGCUGACCAAGCUGGGAACACAAGAGCAAGGCGAGCAGCACCCCACCUGAUGGCCUGGCCCAGGGUGCCUCCCUUCCCUUCCCCUUCAUCCCAGGGGGCCUGCCUGAGAAUGGAGAAGGAAGAGUUAUAGACAAAAUGGGCAUCCAAGCCAGGUUCUGGCUGCAAGGAGGUCUGCCAUCAGGGGUCUUGGUGGCCACAUCCUGAGGAAAGCAGGCAGGAGAGGGACUGGGAGCUGGCAGUGGACCCGGGCCCUCCUAGGAGACAACUCAGAGGCCAGCCACCAACUGCCGGGCUCUUCCACUCCCUGCCUGCCCCUCAGCCAGCACCUCCCUUGCUCCCUGGGUCCCCCAGACCACUCUGUGCCAUGCAGACAGCAGCCUCCAUGAAUAAAUGUCCUUGGUGUUCUUUGUAGAAUGGGUGUGAAUGCUCCAGCAGGGCCAAUCUGAGGGAGAAAAGGACCCAAGAGGCCUGGCCUGCUGCCGUAGUCCUGACCUCCUACACCAAGCUGCCACCCACAAUGCAAGGAAAAUCAUCCCGGCCUGAAGAGGAAGAAUUUGGGGUGCUGGAGGCUGCCCCAGCUUGGUGCCCCCUGCCAGGCUCAGCUUUUGGGCUGGGGUCUCUCUCGAAGGCCCUUCAUUACUUCACAUCAACCAUCCCAGAAACACACCCAUUGUGAAAACCGUGCCCUUCAUUUGACCCUGUCCCAUUACAAGGGCACUCAGGCAGGGUGGGAGAAUGAGGGGAAGGCUCCUUUGAGCCAAUGGCUCUACCCCAACCCUGCCCUCCUUCCUCCCUGCCAAGCAAGCCUUCCCUCCCUCCACAGCAGUUUAGGUCUCCCCACUUCCUACCGCCAGCCACCACCCUGGUCAGAGUAACACACACUUCGUACCCUUAGGGGGUUUACAGUGUAGCUCACAGGACCAACCAGACACCGAGCAUCCACCCUAAACCCUGACCGCCAUUCAAUGCCCAGGGGGGUUCCCAGAGCGGGUCACCUGAGCAGGGUUUUGGAGGCUGAAUAGGAGUUUACCAGAAGGAUGGCACAGGGACAGCCCAGGCAGAGACCCAGAGAUGAGAACCAACAUGGCGAGCUUUGGUAUGGCUAGCAGAGACGUGAGGCAAAAGUGUGCCAGCUGGCAAAUACGCAGCAGAAUCCAGAUCCUUUGUGGAGCAAAGACUCCAGGGAAGAAGGGGUGAGGGGAGAGGGAGGAGGUCUCUCUUGCCUCCAAAUCCGCCCUCCCCGCCCCCCUCACAAUUCACACAUACAUACACACACUCAGGCCUUCAUUCUCCAGCCGGAGGGGGGGGAGGAGGGAGCUGAAAUGCAACCUAUUCAUGUUCCCGCGAUGCAACACCCCUCAUUUUCCAUGCUGGGUAAAGACAAAAACCCUUUACAACCUGUUUCUGGAACUUGUCAGCAGCUGCCAAGAGGAGCAUGUUAAUUAAACGUCGGCAAAGAUGGAA